AUGCGAAAGAUCUCAGAUCCGAGUCUUAAGGGAAUAGGUACUCAUGCCGAGAUGACGAGUGACGUGGAUGUGGGAAGACCGGCGGCAAUUAGCAAGAUUGAGGAAGAUCCCCUCACAAAUGGUACAGUCGAGGCUUCAGAGGAGAACAGUAACGUCCUGGCAACAGCUGAGCUUCAGAGUACACUCGAAAACCUUCGGGACAUGCUGGUCAAUAACGCCGCGCAGACUCUUACUGAUCCGAUAUCGGCUAAGCAGACCAUACAGAACAAGGUGAAACGGCAAACGUUACUAGGCGACGCAAAUUCUGCAAUUGAGAAUGGUUGUCAAGCCACAGUAACAGGAGAUUAG